AUGGCUCCAACUCCAUUAGUUUCCAGUCCUAUAGUUAGAGAGUCGAGGCUUUUGGUUUCAAAGCCGUUGCUUUCAAGGCCAUAUACAUCUUUUUUCUUCCCACUAUAUGCGACCUUUGCACAUAUAUACUACAGACAGUAUGACAAGUAUAUCAAGGGACCUGAAUGGACAUUCGUGUACUUGGGUGCUAUUGUCUCUUUGAACAUUCUAGUUGCGUUGCUACCCGAAUGGAACGUUGGUAUUGAAGCAGGUUUUAAAUACAAUGCUGCUGGCGAUCUUCAUGAAGCUACUCACAUUUUAAUCAAGACUACUGAAAAUAAUGGUUCUGAUGGAAUUGUAGAGAUCCAAAGAGUGGAAGAAGAUGGAACUGUUCAGAUCUAUUUCCAAUUCCAAAAGAAGAGAUUUUUAUGGAACUCCGAUGAACAAGAAUUCGCAUCUCCCAAAUUCCUGAUCGAUGAACCACCUAAGUUGGGAUAUCUACAGGAAUGGAAGGGUCAUUCUGGUGAUUUAGUGCAUUUGAGAAGACUUUACGGUGACAAUUUAUUCGACAUUCCAAUUCCAACAUUUUUGGAAUUGUUUAAAGAACACGCAGUGGCCCCAUUGUUCGUUUUUCAAAUUUUCUGUGUGGCACUAUGGUUGUUAGAUGAAUUUUGGUACUAUGCUCUUUUCAACAUGUUUACCGUUGUAUCUAUGGAAGCUGCAUCAGUUUUCCAAAGAUUGGUUACCUUGAAAGAAUUUAGAACUAUGGGUGUUAAGCCUUUUCCUAUCUAUGUCUUCAGAGAGGGCGAAUGGCUUUACUUAGAGACUGACAAAUUAUUACCAAUGGAUAUCGUGUCUAUGACCAGAACCGCUGAAGAUAGUGCGGUCCCAUGUGAUAUGCUUCUUCUAGAUGGAUCCUGCAUCGUUAAUGAAGCAAUGCUUUCAGGUGAAUCCACCCCAUUACUAAAGGAAUCCAUUAAAUUGCGUCCAAAAGAUGAGCCUUUACAAGCAGAUGGUUUAGAUAAAAAUUCUAUCCUUCACGGUGGUACCAAAAUUUUACAAGUUACACCACCUGAGGGUAAAUCUCGUCUACCUGCUGCUCCUGAUCAAGGUACUCCUGCUCUUGUGACAAAGACUGGGUUUGAAACAUCUCAAGGUUCUUUAGUUCGUGUAAUGAUUUACUCUGCUGAGCGUGUUGGUGUGGAUAACAGAGAAGCUUUGUUCUUCAUUUUAUUCUUGUUAAUCUUUGCCAUUGCCGCCUCAUGGUACGUUUGGGUCGAAGGUUCCAAGAUGGGUAGAGUUCAAUCCAAAUUGAUUCUGGACUGUAUUUUGAUCAUUACUUCUGUGGUGCCACCUGAAUUGCCAAUCGAAUUGACGAUGGCGGUUAAUAGUUCUUUGGCAGCGUUGUCCAAGUUUUACGUCUACUGUACUGAACCUUUCAGAAUUCCACUUGCUGGUAGAAUCGAUGUUUGCUGCUUUGAUAAGACAGGUACUUUGACUGGUGAAGAUUUGGUCUUUGAAGGUUUAGCUGGAUUAUCUAAAGACCCCGAAGACAUUCGUCACAUGUUUUCCGCUGCAGAGGCUCCUGAAAGUACUGCACUUGCUAUCGGUGCAGCUCAUGCCUUAGUGAAGCUGAACGAUGGUGAUGUGGUCGGAGACCCAAUGGAAAAAGCUACCUUAAAUGCCUUAGGAUGGACCGUCGAGCACAAGAAUGUGACUUCCAAGGAAGGGUUUGGUAAGGUUACCAUUCAACGUCGUUUCCAAUUCUCUUCAGCUUUGAAAAGAUCGUCCUCCAUUGCAUCUCAUGGUGGUAAAUUAUUUGCUGCAGUGAAAGGUGCUCCAGAAACUAUCCGUCAAAGAUUGGUCAGCGUCCCCAAGAACUACGAUUCCAUCUAUAAGUCUUUUACUCGUUCCGGUUCUAGAGUUUUGGCCCUAGCUUCCAAGAGCUUGCCCAAAAUGAAUCAAAGUCAUAUCGAUGAUUUAGAUCGUGAGGAAGUUGAACAAAAAUUGAAUUUCGAAGGUUUCUUAAUCUUCCAUUGUCCUCUAAAGAUCGAUGCUAUUGAGACCAUUAAGAUGUUGAACGAGUCUGCUCAUCGUUCUGUAAUGAUUACAGGUGAUAACCCCUUGACAGCAGUUCACGUCGCAAAGGAAGUUGGUAUCUUGGAUAGAGAAGCAUUGAUUUUGGAUUACGCUGAAAAUGCGGAAAGCAACAAACUUGUUUUCCGUAACGUUUUAGAAACCAUUAGCAUCCCAUUUGAUCCUGAAUCAGAGAAUUUUGACACUGAAAAAAUCUUAGGUCAAUACGAUAUUGCUGCUACUGGCCAUGCUUUGAAUGCUUUGAAGGAUCACGAUCAAUUGAGAACUUUGAUUCGUCACACAUGGGUUUAUGCUCGUGUAUCUCCUACUCAAAAGGAAUUCAUUUUGAACACCUUGAAAGACAUGGGUUACCAAACUUUGAUGUGUGGUGAUGGUACGAACGAUGUAGGUGCCUUGAAGCAAGCUCACGUUGGUAUCGCUCUACUAAAUGGUAGUGAAGAAGGUAUGAAAAAAAUGGCUGACCAACGUAAGAUCGACAGUUUAAAAGCCGUCUAUGAAAAACAAUGCGAUCUCUUGCAGAGAUGGGGUCAACCUAAACCACUUGUUCCAGAGCAGAUCGCCCACUUUUAUCCACCUGGUCCAAAGAAUCCUCAUUACUUAACCUCAUUAGAGAAGACUGGUGUCACUAUCACUCCUGAAAUGAGAAAAGCUGUUGCUGAGGCCAACUCUAAACCCGAACAACCAGUUGCUGCAGUAGCUGGCAAUUCGCGUCCAUCUGGUGAAGACUUUGCUACCUUGUUCAGUGGUGCAGGUGGUGGCGGCGAGGAAGAUGUUCCUACAUUAAAAUUAGGUGAUGCUUCUUGUGCUGCUCCAUUUACUUCUAAGCUUGCCAAUGUUUCUGCUGUGACUAAUAUUAUCCGUCAAGGCCGUUGUGCUCUAAUAAACACCAUUCAAAUGUACAAAAUUUUGGCUCUUAACUGUUUGAUCAGUGCCUACUCUCUAUCUGUAAUGUAUUUGGCUGGUGUUAAAUUCGGUGAUGGUCAAGCAACAACCUGUGGUAUUCUUCUAUCCGUUUGCUUUUUAAGUAUUUCCCGUGGUAAGCCUUUACACAAAUUGGCUAAGGAAAGACCACAAGCUGGUAUUUUCAACGUUUACAUCAUGGGGUCGAUCUUGACCCAGUUUGCUGUUCAUAUCCUCGUCUUGGUUUACAUUACUGGUGAGAUCUACAAACUUGAACCUAGAGAACCACAAGUGGAUCUAGAAAAAGAGUUUACCCCAUCUUUGUUAAACACUGGUAUUUUCCUCAUUCAAUUAGUACAACAAGUUUCUACUUUUGCGGUCAAUUACCAAGGUGAACCAUUCAGAGAGAAUAUUAGAAACAACAAGGGGAUGUACUAUGGUCUUAUCGGUGUCACUUUGUUGGCAUUGUGCGGUGCCACUGAAUUUAUUCCUGAAUUGAACGAAGCCAUGAAGUUCGUACCCAUGGAAGAUGAUUUUAAAUUUAAAUUGACUCUUUCCCUUGCUCUUGAUUACGUUGGUAGUUGGGCAGGUGAGCACUACUUCAAAUAUUUCUUUAUGAAUGAUAAAGCUGCUGAUAUUACACAACGUCUCAAUUAA